AUGGAGGAAGUCACUCUCAAAGACUUCUUCAAACAACUUUUUUACGUCAUGAUUGAUGAUUUCAUAAUAUGUCUCAUUUACCAAGACGCUGAUGAGAAACUACUUAAUACAAUAUAUGAUAUCUUCAUCUACCUUGAUAUAAAGAAGCUAAUUCGUUUUACUUUGGAAUAUACCUUGAGUGGGAAAAGCGAAAGUGAUGAUAUUUUGGGAUUACUACCGAUCAAUUCGAAAGCUUUGAAGAAGUAUCAUCAUUUGUUAUCAAGGUUAAACGAUUCAUCAACUCCCCUUGAUAAAAGUUAUCUAGAUAAAGAAUUGAAGUUUGUCAACAAAAGACUUUUCUUUUUAAAACCAAUUAAGGAUGAAUUCUUGGAGCAAAUUGAAAACAUCAAGAAAAAUAACGUGGUUGAGAUUCCAAUACGGGGAGCUUUAAACUGGGGAUCUAUCAUCGAUGAUAUCAAUGAUUUUUUGAAGAAAAAUCAAGAUAAAGAAAAACUACAUGAUUUUUCCAAAGCUAAAAUAAAGGAUUUGGAUCCUUACUACCUUACAGAAUCGUCUAUUGAAAAAAUCACCUUCAAAAUUCCUGAAAUCAAAAGUUUGGAUGAAAAUGAUGAAUUUUUCGAUGCUCAAGAAGAAAAUAAUGAACUUAAGAAGGAAGACCCUAUUGAGGAACCCGAAAAUAAAGUUGAAAUUAUAGGUGACGCUGAUGAAGAUCGCAAAAAUCCAAAUAAACCUCAAGUUCAAAGAUCCUCUAAAAGAUUGGCUAGAAAUGACUCCAUAACUGAUGAAAUACAAAUUAUUGAACUAACAAAAGAUAGUUUUUUCAAUACAAACACUUUUUUAAAAGAAUUGAAUGAAUAUUUGAAUCUUUUGGAUGACAAAGAAGAACAUUUGAAAGUCGGUGAUAUCACUGAAAUUUAUUUGAAUAAUGACCAAAGCUUUGCAAAUGUCAGUCCCUACAUAAAAGAUUUUCUUAAGAUUAUAAAUAAUUGGAAUCCUCGAGUGUUUACUUCAGGGCUAUUUGUCACUGAAAGUUCAGAAUCACCUUCUGUAAGUGAAGAUGAAAAGGUUAAACUAUUGGAAGUUUUAAGUAAUUUUGGGUCUAAGAAAGAUACUUCCAAAUCUGAUGAAACAAUACCUGAACUUUCAAACUAUGAAAACCAAGACAUAAUUCUGAAUUUAUUGAAAUCCAUAUCCGAUUCUUCUUGCCAUCUUGAAACUUGCAAGAUGAUUAUCUUAGAACAUCUUUUUGGGUGUCAUUUAUACGAUUCGUAUUCGGAUGUGACUAAGAGGGUUUGUCUUAUCAGUGAUACUAUUUGGCCUAAAAAAUUAUAUGAAAAAGUAAAAGAAUGGCUUAUCCAAUCAGAAAACUUUUUAAUGAAUUAUUGGAAAAUUAACACUCCCAACCCCAACAAUGCAUUAGAAUGUUUUGCUUUCAUAAUUGGAAUUUUCGAGGUUUUAGUGGAUACUUAUGUUGGCAUUAUUGAUCAAGUUAAUAAUUUGAUUGCUUCUCAAGGCAAAAAACCACAAUCCAAGUCAACAAAAGCAAAUAUAAGUAGCUUAACCACAGAAAUGAUUAAAUUUAAUGAUAAGAUAAAUAAAUGGAAUGAGUUAAUUGAAAGUCAGAUUUUCUCACUCUUACCACUAGAUGAACUAUGCAAAAUUGAUGGCUUAUCCUAUUAUAUUAGAUAUAAAUGGGCUUUGAUAUUCAAGGAAAAAGCACGAAAUACUGCCUGGGAAGAAAAUCGAUACAUUGCUAUACAACUACAAGAAUUGCUGACUCUUCUUAACCAAUAUGAAAUGAUGGAUAUUAGGAUACCAUUACCAAACUACGAAAAUAUUUGUGAAGUAUCAAUAGAAUUGAUUAAUUACCAGUCAAUAACUGCUUAUGUUUUAUCUAUGUUCUCCAAAAUUCUUUAUACAAACGACACCGAUGAUGAAGCCAUUCAAAUAUUAGAAAAUAAAAUUUUGACAAUGAUUGAAGGUUCCGAAAUUGAACUGGACUCUUUAAAUUCUGUCAAAGCCUUCUUAGAUAAAUAUCCUAUUGAUAUGAAACUUAAUCUUUGGAAUAUUCUAUUCCUGUAUUAUGAUGAAAAGAAACAAUUCCCCAAAUUCCAAUAUGGAUUCGAAAACAAUUUAGAGUUUCUUUUAACUUAUUUGAGUAGCGAGACAUACUUGGAAAAUAAAGGAUCGAGAUAUCCCAUUCUACUCAAGGUCUUAGGCUCUUAUGGUGACUACUUAAAUUCUUAUUUGACCCGUUUGGCCGAUAAUUCAUGGCAUCUUCCUAACUUAGAUAUCAUUGGCUUGCAUAAGACUUUGAAAAAUCUUUUGAAGUUUUUUGAGAUGCUAUCCCUCUAUUUUAUUCAUGAGGAUGCAUCUCGAAUCACAUCAAGUAAACUCUCAGUCAAGAGCAAAUCUAGCAAAGCUUACAAUAAGCUUUUUGACAUUCAUAUUCAAACAAUUUGUGUGUUCUCGAUAUAUUUUAGAGAAUACAUCAUGAAGACACAAGGCAAUAACCAGUCUACAACCAAAAAUAUCGAGGAGAUAAUUCACAAUUUACUUUCAUCAUUCCAUUAUAUGCUUGCUCUGAUAAACCUUUGCGAUGGUGCCGAUGGAUUAUUCUUGAGACUAUCGCAAGAGAUUUUAUUGGGACUCAAGUGCUCUACAGAAAAGGAAUUAAUACAGCUUAUUUCAUGCCGUUUUCACUAUAGUGUGAAUAUCGGAUCAUUUGCUCCUUUUGAUCACAAAACAAACCAAACUGGUCAACUUGAUUCAAAUUCUACUGCCGACUUGGUCAGAUUUAUCUUACCAUUGUGUUUCAAGAAGAAUCCACUAUUAUAUGCACCAAAAGCUGAUAUGAAGCUAUUAAUCGAUGGAUUAUAUGAGGUUGUUGGAGAUCCUGAUUUCGAUUCGGAUGACUUUUUGACCUUAAAUAAUGAAACCUUCAAAUAUUUUUUACAGUCCACUUCUAUUACUCCAAAGUUUUUCAAAGAGGCAUUUUAUGGUUUAGUAAAGUUAGAUUUCGACCCUCCGAAAAAUAAUCUAAGUGUGGUACAUGACGGGUUAUACUACCUACAAGCACUCCUAAUAUUCAAUUCUUAUAAGAUCCGUAAAAAGUCGAUGCAAAGCAGAGCUGUUGAACUUGAACAUAUAAUUCUGUUGUUAAAGAAUGACUUAAUAUAUUGUUCAAAUAGAGUUGAAAGUUGGUUCCUCCUAGGGCAAGCUUAUGGGUUUCUCGUUGAAGAUGAUUUAAUUUGGACAUCAGAUAAGUUGACUAUAGCAGAUCGUAAAAUCACAACUGCAAACCUUCAAAGAAAGUCUCUCAUUUGUUACUUGAUGGCUAUAAACCAAGCUUCUAGUAUAGGUGCGACGAAUCCAGGUGCCAGUGCGACGAUUAAACCAGUCAUUGGCUUGCUUAUGUCCUCUUUUGCUAAAGAAGCUUACAGUGCUGUUAUGGAGCCGAUGGCCAUGCACGCAUUCAAAGUUCAAGCAAACCCACGUUUCGUAAAAGGAGAGUUUGGUGCCUUAUUCAUUAAUGUAUCUCCCGAAAGUCCAGUUAAAAUGAAUCUUGUUUUGAAAGUUAUACAGCAGUCUCUUCAUAUUGCAAUUAGAGCUAAGCCAUUUGAAUGGACUAACUACUAUUACUUGUCAAAGGUUCAAAGAAAAUUAGAUAAGCCUCAUCAGCUUGUUAUGGAGUCAAUUCAAAGAUCAGCAGAAUUAGCUAAAAACCAUACUAAUGCACCUGAUCCGAUUAUUGAGCCACAUUAUAGAAGUUGUUCGUUAAUUUACAAAUAUGUCAAGGCAGAUAAGAUGGACAUCCCAACCGCACUCGCCUAUAUGGCAAAAGAUAGUGUGAUAGAUGUUCCCUUGACAGAAGAAGAAAAGGCAAAGCUUGAUAAAAAAGAAUUCUUCAAGUUGAUGAUAGCGUCAUUAAAAAAGAUCAUAUCCUACGAUAAAAAAAAGUGGCAACAUAAACCUCGUUAUAGAUUAGCCAAAAUCUUGUUUGAGGAAUUUGAUGAUGUUGAAAAUGCUAAAGAAGAAAUGUCUUCCAUUGUUUCAGUCAAGCCUACUAGCAAAACUUUGGUUCUGAUAUGGAAACCAGAGAACGAAAGGCCCGGGAUCCACUUCUUCUAUACUUACCAAUAUUCCCUAUUCUACAUUAUAUUAUUGAGUAAAGAGUUGAAUUUGAUCAGUCUUAUACAAAUGCUUCCUAAAUUGCGUCGUUCUAACUCAACCAUGGUCUCAUUAUAUAAUGCAUGGGAAACAUUAUGUUCCACAAUCUGCAAAAUUAUAAGAACGCUGCUUCAAGUUAAAGAAUCCUUCACAGAAAACUUUCUUCAAUCCUUUUCUUACCAGUCAUUUAUUUUGAAUUCUAAAUCAUUUGUUGAGUCGAUGAAAAACGGAGGAAUUCCUGACGCAUUAAAGAUCCACCUCUGCUUCCUUCACGCUAUAAAUGACAUGAAAAAAUUCAAUAAUGGCUUUGGACCGACCUCAUUAAUAGACGAUACCAUUGUUGCGAUUUACGUUCGGAUAUACUUAUAUUUCGAUCAUAAGAUCGACAAAAAUCCAUCUCAAGCUCCUGAAACUGAAUCACCUAAUGGGAAGAUAAAAAAAUUGGCCAAAAGAGAUAUAUUUCCUUUUGCAAAUGACAUCCUUAAUACUUUUAAAAAAGAUAUAGAGAAUAUAUUAAAAGAAAAUCCUGAGAUUUAUAAUCAGUUUGCUAAGGAAGCCAAUCAACUGAACAAGAUAUUAGAAGAAGUGAAACCGAAUGGCUCAGAAAUACCUAGUACGAUUAAUGAUGCGAAAAAUGAUGAAGGUAACACAAUUAAUGGACAUAACCAAGAGCCAGCUUUAGGUGUUCCUAAGCUUCCGGAGCCCGAAAACAGCAAUGAUGGCUCACCAGCUAAGCAAGUUGAAACAACUGACAAAUUGGAUACCCCAAUCCCAAUUUCUCCAGAGAAAUCGGGUGAGAAGCAUAUCCUUGAAGAUGGUGAUUUACUGUCACCAAAAAGGCCUAAAGCUAAUAGAAUUUCCGAUUUAAUAGGCUAGUAUAAUUGAGAAUGCAUUAUAUAUAUAUUUAUGUAAAUACAAAUCACAGUUUUCAUGAUUAUACGAAUAUAUUAUAACCCUG